CUCGAUGGGCUACGGGGCCUCCAAGGGCCUCCUCAAUGGACCCGGCCAGAAUAAUUGCUUCCUCAAUUGUGCAGUUCAGGUUCUCUGGCACCUUGACACUUUUCGCCGCUCUUUCCGCCAGUUGACGAACCACGUUUGCGGGGGCCAAGAUUGCCUCUUCUGCGCUCUAAAGGAGCUCUUCUCGCAGCUGCAGACCUCGUCGGAGCCUGCGCUAUGUCCCGAACCACUGAGACGUGCUCUGGCCAGUGGACCGCUGGCCGGGCGGCGUUUUCCUCUGGGUUGCCUGGGAGAUGCUGCCGAGUGCUUCGAGCUGCUUCUGCAUCGCGUUCACUCUCACCUGUCCCACGAGGACAGCGAUGCCUGCGAGACUCCAGCGUGCGUGGCUCAUCGUCGCUUCGCCAUGCGAGUUGUGGAGCAGAGUGUGUGCGAAUGCGGUGCCAAUUCAGAACAAUUGCCAUUCACACAGAUGGUACAUUAUGUGUCUGCCUCAGCUCUCACAUCGCAGAGCAUUCUGCUCGAUCGACAAUCCAUGAGUUUUGGACAACUGCUGCGCAGUGCCGGAAAUAUGGGAGAUAUAAGAGAUUGCCCGAAUGCCUGUGGCGCCAAAAUAGGGAUCUGCCGAGCUUUGCUCAAUCGCCCAGACGUCGUCUCAAUUGGCGUUGUCUGGGACUCUGAACGCCCGCCGGCGGAUCAAGUGCACUCAGUCCUCAAGUCGAUCGGCACAAGCCUGAGGCUCUGCGAUGUCUUCCAUCAGGUUUCGGACAGUCGUUGGGCGCAGAGUGUGGAUCACGAGCUCGUCGGUGUGGUUACAUACUACGGGAAACACUACACGACCUUCUUCUUUCACACGAAGUUGCGGGUUUGGGUGUACUUUGACGACGCCAACGUGAAGGAAGUGGGGCCUCACUGGGAAGGUGUGGUGGAGAAGUGCUGCAGGGGACGAUAUCAGCCGCUGUUGCUGCUCUACGCCACGCCACAGCCUCAGGCGAUGCCCCAGCAAAUGGUGGGCACUGUCCAGGAGGUGAUGACGCAACCACCCAAUGUGCCAUCGCUCAGGCGAGCUGUGACCCCGUCGCCAGAGAAAGAGAAGCCCCAGGUGGGCACCACGCGACGCGCCAUCACGCCAACUCCUGUCCGUGGCGGAGCGGCAACGACAGAUUACCAGAACCUCAGUGUGAUCCAGAGUCACUUGAUGCCCAAGCAAGAGGCGAUUGAGUACAACAGGGCAAAAUCCUUUGACUCGUCUGCAGUGCAGUACCAGAAUCUCAAUGUGAUCCAGGAGAAGAUCUUUAAGAGCAUGAAUUCACUGAAUGGCAGCGCCCAGAUUGACUACUCAAACAUGGGGACGCUUGAGAAGAAGGACUACGCCAAUCGCUGGGAGAACACACAAACCAUGAGGAAGCAGCAAUAUCCGCGGAUGAACGGGGAAGGAGGAAUGCCUCCGCAGCAGCACUAUCCUCAGCAUCCGCCGAAUGACGGCCUCUCGAUGCCUGAUCAUCUCAAUCAGCCUCGGCGGAGGGACUCUGGGAACUGGAGUGGCGAUCGUAACAGUGCGUCCUCUUCCUCAUCGACCACCCUUGAGAAUCCGUACCUGUAUCUCGUCGGCAAGAGGAAUGUCAACGUCCCACCGAGCCCAACACGCAAUGGCAUCCACUAUGACGCCGGCUACGAUUCCUACUCGCUCUCCUCGACGGACUCCUAUCCGCCCAAAACUCACAAUCCGCAGCUGGCGAAGAUACCAGAGAGUGUAGUUCUGUCUGGAGACUGCGAAAGGCUGUGCAUGGAAGCAGAUCAAUUGCUGGAGAAGUCGCGGCUGACUGAGGAUGCCCAUGACUUUGAAACCGCUCUCGUGUUGUGCAAUGCAGCCGCUGGGAAAGCGCGUGCCGCCAUGGAUGCGCCCUACAGCAAUCCUCACACGAUGACAUUUGCCAGGAUGAAGCACAAUACUUGCGUGAUGCGUGCCAGGAGCCUCCACAGGAGGAUAUUGAUCGAAAAGGGAUCCGAGGUGAUUCUUAAGGAAUCCCAGCAACCUCAACUCUUAACCCAGGAGGUGAGGCACUCGCGAGAUGGCAGCAACUCCAGCCUCCGGCAGAUGAGACAGAGCAAUAAGGAUAAGAUCAUCAGUUUGGGGAAGCACUUGAUGAAUCCCACCGCGAAUUCGACAAGUAAAGAGAUGGAAAAGGGCGCGAAGAGCAUUGAGAUCUAUGCCACUCUUCCGAAACAGAAGAAGAACGUGCUGAAAUUCGUGGACACUGAUGAUAUUAUCAGUGUUGAAACUGUGAAGCAGGAGCGCGAGAGUCGGAGUCUCUUCGGCAGAGGACGCCGUAGUGAGGAUAAAGAGAAGAGGAGUCGAAGUGAGGAUCGCAAUAAGAUUGCCAGAGAGUUUUCAAUUGCUGAACCACUCUUGGCCAAUGCGAAAGAUACUUUGAAGAAGCACAAGGAGGAGAAGGAGGACAAGAAGGAGAAGGACAAGUCCAACAAGAAGCAGCACAAGAUCAGGAGGAAGCUUCUCAUGGGAGGACUGAUCAGGAGGAAGAACCGCUCAAUGCCUGACCUAACUGAAGGCAAUGAUGAUCAGCAGAAGAACCCUUCUGAUGGAUCUAUAAAGACCACAAUUGUCUCCCACGAUGACACUUCCCUGAUGGUGAAUAAUAAGAUGAACCCCAACAAUAUCAGUGGCUAUUUGUCCGAGGGGCACUUGGAGUACCAGGCGCCUUACGUCUCCAUUGCGAAUCCCAAUCUUGAGCGCAGCAAAUUGAUGAGGAAGAGUUUCCACACGAGCAAUCGACAACUGACUGUUGCCAAGGUUCCUCCACCGCCGCCUCUGAGGAAGAGUUCAUCCUUGACUCAAGCACAGCCAUCGGAAUUGACAACGGAGAACAUCCAGGCCAUACAGCCCUUCCAUCAAGCCAAUCCCAGCAACAUUUCCACCAUGAGCUCCAACACGAGCAUGAGUGAGGACUCCAUUCAGACCGUGAUCACCACUUGUGCAGUGGUGCAUCACGAGCAGACGCCGAUGAAGACGCUAGAGGACCAUCAUGUAAACAAUCUGGAUUUGCCUCCAUACCCGAGUCCUCCCACGUCGUCUUGCCACUCGCGGCAAGCGAGUGAAGAAUUCCCGCCGCCGCCGCCCUCGAUUGACAUGGAGCCCCUGAAUGAGCAGUUGAACCAGCUGCAUCUGCUGGAGAGUCAGAGGAAUGGCUUCCUGGAGAUGCCGGAGGGCAAAGGGUACACCAUGGCGAGUAGCAAAUCCUUAAGUUGGCUCAAAGAUAUGCAGCAGAAGCAGUUGAUGCAGAAAGCAAAGUCCAUGAACGGCUUCCAUCAACCUUCAGGUCCAGUGAGGAGUGUUAAGGACCUGGCGUCUCGCUUUGAGCAGCAAACGUCAGUUUCCCGGCCGCAGAUGCGACAAUAUUCCUCUCAGGAGUUGCUGAAUGAAUCUUCUGUGGACACAGCGGAGACCAUGUCGAUUUCCUCGCAAUCCUCUUGCUCAACUGUAGCCAGGAGUCAAAUGAUGCCUGACAAGAUCAAUGAGAUCUCCGUUGAUGUGGUGGAUUGCCCGAUGAUAGCGAAGCUGAAGCAGAGCGAGGUGGGCAACAUGGCUGGAGAUCUGCAGAAGGUGCGAUACGAUGUGGCGCAGAGUCAAAUUGCUGAGGAGUUGAGAGAAGUGGAGAUGCUCAAUGCUGUGGUUCAGCAAACACUCAAUGGUGGAAGCAAUCAGGCGGCCGCGAAGCGACCAAAGAAGAAGAGCGUCUCAUUCUGUGAUCAUGUAAUUCUUGUGGCCACAGCAGAUGAAGAGGAGGAUGACAGCUUUAUUCCCAAUCCAAUUCUCGAGAGAGUGCUGAGGACAGCGAUUAAUGGCGGAGGUCCCAAUCCAGGUACUGACGUUGUGGACACGAGAGUGAUCCAGAGGAUUGAACUCAAGGAAGAGAAGCGACCUGAGAGUCCACCGCAAGGAGUGGAUGUUCCUGACAGCUUUGGCUCGCAAUCGCAUCAGAAUCAGCUCCAAGAAUUGCCCAGCCCAGUGAAUCUCAGCACGCCCAAGCCUGAUAUCAAGAACUACUACUCAAUGGAUGCACAGAGAGCGGCACACAUGAAGCAGCAACUGCAAAAUAUGCACAACUUCCAAGCUAUGAGUGUUCCCACGCCCAAUCAGGAGAUGCAGAGGCAACUGCAACUGCAGCAGGAGGAGAACCAGAAGUUCUCAGCCAUGCUGAUGCAGGAGACUAAGAGGAUGGAGAGAUUUAGUGUCCCGCCAGGCACCGCCAAUCAUCAGUACACGGGAAGUCCUCAGAUGGGUGUGAGGAGUCAAUACCCGGGCAUGACCAAUGGCUACAUGGCCUCGCCCUAUAUGCACGUGCCCCUGUCGCCACAGCAGCCCCAGGGCAACAUGAAUUUCCCUCCGAAUGGACAAAUUCACCCCGCGAUGCAGCAGAGACUCAUGCAUCCACCCAAUGGCUACAUGCUGCCACUGCGGGGAAAUCACAACACCAACAUUUACCAGAAACCACCGCUUCCAUCAGCCAACUUCCAGGCGCCACCCAACAACCAAUUCACAAGCUAUCCCUAUCAGAGCGUUCCCAUUGUCCACGGAGGCAACAUUCCGCUGGAUCAGCCCGCUCAGGCGCACCUUUAUGCCCAGCCACCAGUGAAACAGUUCGCACAGCCGCCCAAGAAAGUCAGCUUCGAACCCGGAACGAAGACUGGAAGUCCUGGGACGCCGCAACUCAGUCCUACCGGAGAGUAUGUAACCGGCACAGUGCCGCAGCGCGUGGCCAUUUCCACCUAUAACAGCACUGCCAUCGUGAAGGCCUCUGCAAAGGCCAUUCAGUGCAAUCUGUGCCGGAAGAAGCACGUCAUUGCUCCGGCAAUGUACUGUGCUGACUGUGAUGCCUACAUGUCGCGCUUCCAGAAUCGCCGAUAGGACUUGUGUACAAUUGUACAUAUAGACGAAGCAUUUAGUUAAGGAACAUAUAGUUUUAGGACAGUCGAGAGUUCAAAUUAACGCAUAGAGAUUCGUAACUGUAAAAGCAAUUUUUGCAUUUUUUUCUUGCAUUUAAUUGUGAUAAUUCUUGUGUAAAAUAUACUCCAGUUGAUAAGAUAAAUUGUAAUUAAUCCAUCCAACUAUUCCAUUCCAUUUUAAGAGAAUAAAGAUUAUUUUUUAUAAGAAUUUUCUAACGACACUGUUUCAAUUGAC